AUGCAUUGGGGUAGUUGGGCCAUUGCGCUCAACGUGAUAGUACUCGCAAGAGCAGAUGAAGCACCGGAAGGGUUUCCAGAGGAUCAUGUCGAUCUUGUCAUUCCCAUGAAAAGUAAGUAUUUGCUCCGCCUUCGCAUAUGUUUCUCAUUUCAGUGAAGUACGAAAGUCAUCUUCGUCAGGCCGAUUUGCCUCCUCAUUUCAUCGUUGCCAAUGAAACGAACCUUGUUCCGUUGACACUCAGACUUCAAACCAGAAGGAAACGAUGCUCUUGUGGAUGCUCCGGCUGUGAUCUCUUCCCAAACCGUUCCUGCUGUUCUAGCUGUACUCAUUUUUCAAGUGCUCUCCAAGCCCUCUCUUUCUCUCAUUUCAGCGUGCUGUUCCUCACAGAAGCCUCUUCCUCUUGCUUGCUGCCCACCACCACCUCCUCCGAAGCCAUGUUGCCAGCCUGCAUUCGGUCCCUGCUGUCCAGCAACCCCCAACUGCUGUCCUAAGCCGUGCUGUCGUGGCCGUCGUCCUGAAUAUGAAGAGUACGAGGACGAAGAAGGAAACCCGGGAGGAGUGCCAGCCCCUCCAAAUCCUCCGAGAACCUGCUGCCCUCCCCCGACUCCAGCAGCUCCUCCUCCACCCCCGCCGCCCCCACCACCAGCUCCAGAAGCUCCAACGCAAUGCUGUCCUUCUCAACCAUACGGAAGAACUCCUUGCCGUUCCGGAUGUCCGAAUGGAGACUGUGGAUGUGGAAGACCUUGCUGUUACUACCAGAAUCCGACGUGCUGCAAUCAGGGACAACGCCCUUGCUGUCCUCCCGAACAACCUUGCUGUCCGGAGCUGAAACUGGACAAUUGUCUGGCUGCGGUGCCGCCUUGCCUUCGUGCCUGUCCAUCUUGCCCGUGCAGAAAGAGACUGAUGCUCGGAAAGAGAACGAAGAGAGAUGCUCCAGGGUUACACUGUCAGCCAAGUAGGUCCCCUGCUCGAGUUUCAAGCCUCAAGUUUCUGUUUCAGUCGGUCUCCUCGGACAACAAUCUCCACCAACUUUAGUGUCUCAGCCUGUGAAGACUGUCGUGAAAUCCAGAGCAAAGGCUGCCGGCACAAAAACUGCCCCGUCCACAGUCUCAGCUACGAAACAGCUGAUCGAACAGUCCUCCGAUCACGUGGAGGCUCCUCCGACAGCCGGAAGACUCUAUGAUUUCCGUCGUGCUCACGUUCGUGUCAAGAGAAAUCUGGAUGGAAAUGGAGGAUGCCAGCUGUGCAUCAACGGUACUCCAUUGAAAAGAACGAAACGUUCGUUCGACUGUGUUCCCUGCACGUACCUUCAGCCACAGUAUUCCGAUUGGAACCCAUUCCUGGGAGAUCAGAGACCGGGACAACAGUCUCCGGUCGGAACUCCACUUGCAGGACACAAGAGAGAAAAGAGAGCUGGCGUAAGAUAGAGAAAGAACAUGUGAUUCCAGAGCACAAAAUACACAUUUGCAGUGUCUUCCUCAUCCACAAUGCACUCUGCACGUCAGAAGAUACAAGAGAAACCUGAUCGGUUCCCAGUACUGUGAGCCUUGCAACGGACACUACGGCAGGAAGAAGAGAGAGGCGGAGAGAGACCAGUGUUUGAAAAGAGAAAAGAGAUAUGCGGCCGAUGAACAGUGCGACAACGACGAGUUCAGCAUCAACGAGAGAAGCAAAAGACAGGCCUACAAUCCAAAGGGCAUCCUGGACAUUGUGAAAAUGCUUUCGAAAGCCUCUUCUGGAGGAAACAACCCGGGAGGAUGCAUGAAGUUCCCCGCUUGUGUGUUGGCUCAGAAGAAGAGAAGAAAGAGAAAUGCGGACAGAAUGGAGAAGUAUUACAAGGCAGUGGAAGAGCACAAGAAGCAAGUGGAGGAGUACGAAAACGCGAUGGAAGAGCACAAGAGAGUCAAGAGACAGUUCUUCGCUCCGGAUAACGCUGCCGCGUGCGUCCCUUGUCCUGCCUGGGUCACUCUCGCAUUGGCGAGCAGGAAGAAGAGAGAAGCCAAUGAGACAGAGGAAGCAGCGCCGAGCAGGCAGCUGACGAUGAGCGAGGCCAUCGCAGACAUCAGAUCCAAGAAGGGAUACAAGGCUGGAUUCGACGACGAUGAUGAUGUGAGUUGCGAAAAUAACGAGACAGGUUGAGAAAACCCGUUUUGCAGGAGGACGAAUCGUCCGAAGAAACCAUCGAGAUGCGCAGAAAGCAAAGAAGAUCAUGCCAACAGUCGGAUGACUGUCUGAACAACGUCGAGUACGCAGUGUUCCAGAAGGUCUACGCGGAGAAGAGAACGAAAAGAGAGGCGGUAUUCAGAAGGAAGAAGUGCUCGAGGUGCGGGGCCAGUGGUCUCUCUCCGCACAGAGUGAAGAGAAACUUCGGCGGGCCGAACAUCAACGUCUCCGAGCAGAACUGCAUGGCGUUCCCGCAGUGCAGACAUCGAGUGAAGAGAAAUCUGUUCGGAGAGGACUGCAACAUCUGCACGGCCGAUACGGGAAUCGCGAAACGAAGAAAGAGAAACUUCGGAACUGCGGUAAGUUCAUCUUUGAUCCAGAAGCUUCUCAUUUAUCAUCAUUCUCCCUUUUCAGCAGUGCUAUCCGUGCUGA